GAAUUAGUAUAUAUUAGUAACUGCUAACCUUCUUCCCAAUAACUUUCAUCAAAACCUCAUUAAUCAUAUAUUCACCACUUUCCUUCAUCCUCUUCCUCUUCCUCUUCUUUUUCCUUCCCUUCACGUCUCCACCGACGUCACCGAUCUACUAUUCAUCUCCAUCUCUCCCGGAGACUCUCGCCGAUUAUCAUUCUCCGGAAGCUCAAAUCGAAGAUCUCUUCCUUUGAUUUCACGAUCGCGUCUCGUCGAUGAACAGCACAGCUAGGGUUUGCGGCGAGGUUUCCAAAUCUCCUCCAACCUCGCCGCCGCCGCCGCUCACGGCGUCAACCUCCGUCACGGAAACCGUCGACGGCUUCCACGAGUUCAAGAUCAGCGGCUACUCUCUUACCAAAGGCGUCGGAGUCGGCAAAUACGUCGCCUCCGAUACGUUCUCCGUCGGCGGUCACUCCUGGGCCGUCUACUUCUACCCCGACGGGAAGAGCCCCGAGGAUAACUCUUCCUACGUUUCUCUGUUCAUCGCCCUGGCGAGCGAGGGGGCCGAUGUGAGGGCCUUGUUCGAGCUCACGCUCGUUGAUCAGAGCGGGAACGGGAAGCAUAAGGUCCAUAGCCAUUUCGGGAGAGCGCUCGAGAGCGGACCCUAUACUCUCAAGUGUCGCGGAAGCAUGUGGGGAUACAAGAGGUUUUUCAGGAGGACUGGUCUAGAGACAUCAGACUAUCUCAAGGACGAUAGUCUCUUGGUCCGGUGUCGUGUUGGUGUGGUGAAGUCUUGCACCGAGGGACCGAGGGAGUGUAAUAUUCCUGUACCGGUUUCUGACUUGGGCCAACAGCUGGGGAAGCUUUUGCAAAGUGGGAAAGGUUGUGAUGUUACUUUCGAUGUCGAUGGAGAAACAUUCGCUGCGCACAAGCUGGUUCUUGCGACGCGUUCACCUGUUUUCAGGGCUCAGCUUUUUGGCCCGUUAGGAGACAGGAAUACCGACCGUAUAGAGAUAGAAGACGUGGAGGCUCCAAUUUUCAAGGUUUUGCUUCAUUUUAUCUACUGGGACGAAUUGCCUGAUAUGCAAGAGUUAAUAGGCACAGAUUCUAAAUCAGCUUCUACUCUUGUGGCUCAGCAUCUGCUUGCAGCGGCAGACCGUUAUGCUCUUGAGCGGCUUAAAGCUAUCUGCGAGUCAAAGCUUUGUGAAGGAAUCACCAUAAACACGGUUGCAACCACCUUGGCACUAGCGGAGCAGCAUCACUGUUUCCAGCUAAAAUCAGUCUGUCUCAAAUUCGUCGCCAUGCCUGAGAACUUGAAAGCUGUGAUGCAAACAGACGGGUUCGAUUAUCUGAAAAGGAGCUGUCCAUUUCUACUCACUGAGCUAUUGAAGUAUUUGGCGAGGCUUAGGGAACACUCUGGAACUGCAAUAGGACAUCCAAAAGAUAUACUUGCUGAUGGCUGUGAUGCCAAUGGAAGAAGAGUUAAGCAACGGUUGCAUUGAACAGAAUCGUGCAUUGUAUAAUCUCUGUUAAAAGAUAAUGGCUUAUCUGAAUCUUUUUCAAUGCUUUGUUUUAAGAUCAAAGAUCCAAUGAAAUUUGGUUACAAUC